UCUGCUGAGUAGCGGUGAAGCAGCAUUUGCUCGUCAGCAGGCGGCUUUCAGCUGAGUCCCAGAGUCCCUCAGCAGGCGACUACAGCUCCCAGAUUCCUCUGCCGCAGCCCCAAACCGUCUGAAGAUCUGAGGGGAACCCCGUGGAACUCUGGGAGACGUGGUCCUCAUCCAUCAGCUGCUCACGGAGGCAGAGGGAGGAGAGGGUGACGUGCCAUGACAACAGUCAGAAGGAGACGCACUUAGAGCAGAUCAUCACGCAGUCAUGUCUGCAGGCCUGGAGGACACGGACAGCGUGUUCGACCUGGAUGAGGCGGUCCCAGAGACCGAGCUACUGGACAACAGCAUCCAGAAAGGCAGGGCUCAGCUGUCCGUCAAAGCCCGCAGGCACCGGCCCUCACGGUCCCGCUACCGAGACAGUGUAAGCUCCACAGAGGGAGACGAAGGCUUCGACAGGAAGGACAGCCCCAUACAGUCUGCCCGCUCUCCUCUACACCUGGCCAUGAGAGGCUCCUCCCCCACCCCAGAUUUACUGGUGUCCUCCCGAAGCCCCGCCUUUUCCUUUGACCCAUCCCUGGGCCGUCGGUCUCCAGAGGACGAGGGUGCCUCAUUGGUCACUCCACCACGUGGGCGGUACCAUCAGCUGACCAAUGCCACGUCUCAGGAGGCACUAGUCACUCCAAGCAGUUCGCCAUCAAAAUCCUGCCCGUCAUCCGACUGCUCACCUGUCUACAUGAGGAGGAACAGGAGGCCAGACAGUGAAGUGCUGGUUUCUGAUACGAGUCGAGACACGAGUCCAGCUGAACACGGCAGUUCGACCGUCAUCUUUGAUAAGAAGACCAAGAGACGCUUCUUGGAUUUAGGGGUGACGCUUAGACGUUCCUACAUCAGAGUGAGAAAAGAUAAAUCCAACAGACUCUCUGUGGGAAGCAGAGAGCCAUCUGAGAGUCCAUCCCGCUCCUCUGGAUCCUUUGUCUCUUUUUCCUGGUUCACUGAAGGUCGGGGUUCCUUCUCCUCCUCUGGAACUCCUCCAUGUUCCCCCAAAAUCCCCCCGCUGGGCUCCCAGAGACCCAGGAAGUCCCACUCACAGGAGUCGGCUCUCAGCGAGGAGUUUUCCCCUCCUCACACCUCCUCCUCCACCUCUCCUCCUGCAGAGCCCUCCUCCAGAUCCUCCCAUCCGUACCACACCCUGUCCCAGUCCUCCGAUGAGCCCUUUGAUGAGCCCUCCUCCUCCAUCUCCUCCUGGAGCACCCAGGAGGUCUGUCAGUGGCUCCGUGGGCUCCACAUGGACCAGUACGUCCCAGAAUUCAGUGCCAGAGACAUCGACGGAGAGCAGCUGCUGCAGAUGGAUGGCACCAAGCUGAAGGGUCUGGGCGUUCUCAGUUCAUCAGAUCGCAGUGCUCUGAAACGGCGAAUUAAAGACGUACAAACGGCAGCGGAGAAGGAGAGGAAAGCUCUGGACAAACUGGAGAAACAGAAGGAGAAACAGCGAAGGAAAGACCAGGAGCAGCGCAGGAACUGACAGCCACCACUAGGGGGAAGCAGAGAGCAGAGUUUAGAUUUCUGUCAGAGUGAGAUACAAACCCAAUGAACUUUCUGUGCUUCCUGGAAAACCUGGAAUUCCCGACAGCAGAUUUCCAGACCUGCAGGCUGGAGAAUCCUGAAGCAAUCUUUAUUUAUUCAUCUACAGAAGCUCUAAAAGGACAAAUUUAAGCCUUCAUGUUUAGUUUUCAUCUCAGCGUUUAUUAUAAAUCAGUGUCCUGUUGAAGUUUAUUAACAAACAAUAAAAAAAUAAA